UCAACAUCACCAACCUAUAGAGGUAGUUGGGCGCAUCAGAUACAUCAAAACUCAACGCAAGUGCGGAUCAUAAGCGAAGUUAUCGAGUUCAUCAACUGGGGCGACGACUUUCAGUAUGCCGAGGAACGGAGGAGGGUCACCGAAGUCAUACGAGGCGUCGCGGCGGAGCGCGGCUUCACCCACGGACAAGUUCAAAUCGAUACCGCACCAUGUUUGGGCUCCACUUGACCGUGCAUCUGCAGAAGCGGGAAUAGGUCCAUCACCAGCCGAACCGUUACGUCCCAGUGCACCUCUAUUUCACCAAAGACUGCGCCCUCCAGGAUCAGAAGCACAAUCCGGAUUGGUAUCCAGAGGUCAUACCGGAGGCCGAGUGAGGGACAGGGUGGCUGUGUCACCCCAAACCAAUCAGGCAUCUGGAAGCUCGUCACAAUUCACGACCUUCCCGUGUCUCCGUGUCCUGCAGUGCUCCGGGAAAUAGAAGAGGGCUUUUUGCCCAUUCAUCUCAUUGUUUCCUAUGCCCGCGACAUCAUGAGUGAGAUUCCACUUCGUGCAUUGCCAUCGAGCUCCCCGUCAACAUCACUGCGGCCCCCGGUUCCCCGACGUAAGCACAGAAAUCGG